GGAAUGCUGGGCUCAGGCGCUGGCCACACCUAGCCACGCUACUGUGCCCCAGGCUGAAGCUCACCCGGGCACCCCACCGUCCUCAGGCGCCCUGGGCUCGGCCUGGCCUGGCUCAGCUCCCCCCCCAGCCAGCGGGGGGAAUUCAUCCGGCCCUGCCCCUUUAAGACCCCCGCUGGGAAGCUUCACCCCCGACACGUGACACGGGUGUCACAGCGCGGCUCUGAUGGGAAGCGAGUCGCCUCUAUCACGUGACACGGCUCCGCCAGGCAGCUGGUAGCGCCGCUCCUAUCCCAGUGCCCGCCUCCCGCUCGGGAGGAGUAGUCGCUCUUGCAACCUCUCUCGCUGGUGGGGUAUAGUCUGGCCGCCGCGGGAGGACCACAGUCGCCGGGACUCUAUGGUCUGAGUUCGGUGUUUACGGGGCCGCCGGGCAGACGGGACCUGCCUGGAUCGAUUCGCUACAGCCUGACGGGUCAGAGCUGGCCUUGCUGUUCCCGUGAUGGCCCUGCCUGCUGCCCAGUGUGCAUGGGGCCUGCUCCUAACCUUUGCCUUCUACAUGGGCCCUUCCUGCACUGACGGUGCCUCCGCCCUUCCACACCACAACUAUUGCAUCAUUGGUGCUGGCCCUUCAGGCUUGCAGAUGGCCUAUUUCCUCCAACAUGCAGGCCGGGACUAUGUGGUCUUUGAGCGAAGCCAUGCACCUGGCAGCUUCUUUGCCCUUUAUCCACGCCAUCGCAAGCUUAUCAGCAUCAACAAACGACACACUGGCAAGUCCAACAGCGAAUUCAAUCUUCGCCAUGACUGGAACUCCCUUCUCAGCCAUGACAGCCGACUGCUUUUCCAACACUACUCUCAUGACUUCUUCCCUGAGGCUGACACCAUGGUGCGUUACCUUGAAGACUUUGCUUCCAUGUUGGAGCUCCAGGUUCAAUACAACACUGCCAUCAUCCAUGUGAGAUUGGAGAGGGACUCACAGGCAUGGAAUGGCCAUUACUUCAUUCUUACAGACCAUAACAGCCAGAACUACAGAUGCAGCCUAUUGUUGGUAGCCACUGGAACAUGGGUUCCCAAUGUGGUAAAUUUCCCAGGCUCGGAAUAUGUUGAGGGCUAUGAAUCUGUGUCCAUCAACCCAGAGGACUUUGCUGGCCAGACUGUGUUGAUCUUGGGUCGGGGGAACUCUGCCUUUGAGACAGCAGAGAACAUUCUGGGGGUCACCAAUUUCAUACAUAUGGUGAGCCGCUCCCGUGUUCGCCUCUCUUGGGCUACCCACUACGUUGGAGAUUUAAGAGCGAUUAACAAUGGCCUCCUAGAUACAUACCAGCUGAAGUCUUUGGAUGGGCUCCUGGAGGGUGACUUGGAAGAUCUGGCUAUUGUCAAGGAUAAGAAAGGGAAGCUGCACAUCACUCUCAAAUUCUAUCUGGAAAACAGCAACAGCAGUGCAGGUGCAGAAUCCAUCACUCUCCCACAGGAUGAGCUGGACAACUUUGCCACCCGGGCCCCCUACGACCGUGUCAUCCGCUGCUUGGGUUGGAAGUUUGACUUCUCCAUAUACAACAGAUCUCUUAGACUGAUGCCAGGGAAAGGGAAUAAGAAGAAGUAUCCUCUGAUCAAACCCAGUUAUGAGUCAAGAGGCACCCGGGGGCUCUUUGUUCUGGGCACUGCUAGCCACUCUAUCGACUUCAGGAAAUCUGCUGGGGGCUUUAUCCAUGGAUUCCGAUAUACAACUCGUGCUGUCCAUCGUUUGUUGGAACAUCGUCAUCACGGAGUCCCCUGGCCAUCAUCAGUCUACUCCAUUACACAGCUGACAAAUUCCAUCAUCAAACGGGUGAAUGAGGCGUCUGGACUAUACCAGAUGUUCAGUGUCCUGGGUGACAUCAUUCUGCUGAGAGAGAAUGCCACGGCAUUUGAGUACCUGGAGGAGUAUCCAGUCGGGAUCCUGGCAGAGCUGGAAUUGCACACAGGGAGAAAGGCCCACAAUGGGCUCUUUGUUGUCGUCAUGGAGUAUGGGAAGAAUUUCUCCGGGGCUGACAAGGAUGUCUUCUACUACAACCGAGCAGUGGGGGAGGCACAACAUGCCUGGCAGUCUAACUUUCUGCAUCCUGUUAUUUAUUACUACAAACAACUACCCACAGUGCGUGAGAUGAGUCUCCGUCCUCCGGACUGGACUCUCCCCCGCCCAGAUGCUGUCCAUCAUAUUGUGGAGGAUUUCCUGACAGACUGGACUGCCCCAAACACCCAUAUCCUCCCACUUAGACGCUUCCUGGAGAAUUGCCUGGACACUGACCUGCGCAGCUUCUUUGCCGAGUCCUGUUUCCUGUUUGCUCUGACUCACCAGAAGCUGCCUCCCUUUUGUCAGCACGGAUACAUGCGAAAGCAAGGGCUUGUGGGUAACGAAAGACUUAGGCACCAUGCAGUGGAAGCCGGCCUACUGGAGGACCACACUGUUAUGCACUUUACAGAUGAACUGCUUGGUGGCCAGAGAGAUUCACGUGACCAGUUGCUGAAGGAUCACGUGAUACCAGGUAGCCCUCUGCAUUAUCUUGUGACUACCAAGGAUGAACUUUAACCUUUCCCAAUUCAUACUGAAACCCAUAGGGACUGUUGUGACAAUACUGUAACACACCUGCAGCAGGAUUCCAACCUUUUUCAUGUGCCACUGGCUUCCUGUCCAUCCCUCCAGCUGUCCACAUAUUGCCAAAGACCUGCUCAGAUCUGUUGUGACUGAUGGGACCCGAUGUGCUCUGGAGGAUAAGUGAGAAGCUGAGAUUCAGUGAGGCGGAGGCUUCUCCUUUGUCUCUGCAGAGCCCACAGUGCUCGAAGACAGUGUUGUAUUUAUCUUAUGGACCAAUGUCUGGGGCAACAUCAGGAUCACAGGUAUGGGGAGAGAAAGAGAGAAGAGAUGCACAGAUGGCUUAACAUGAAAUAUUUUUGGUUUUGAUGUGACAGUCACAUGUCUUGAGGGCAGGUUGGAGACUCUGAUCAUUGGAUGCUGUGUCCAAAACGUCUGUUAGUCUAUAAGGUGCCACUGGACUCUUUGCUGCUUUUACAGAUUCAGACUAACACGGCUACCCCUCUGAUACAUUCUUGUUUAUACUUGAAGAUUUGUAUGUUCACUGAAUUCAGAAGCGGUACCUUCAGAAGCAAAAUUUUUCAUGCACUUUGAUGGAGACAAUGAGGUGCAUGCCAGUAUAUUUAGUUUUAGUGCAGGGUAAUAUAAUGUCACUGCCUGGACGGGGGUCCCAAAAGCCACCUCCCUCCUUUAAUGGUGAGCAGCUAGCCUAGGAAGCUUAGACCCAAUGUGAACUGUCACUAGAUAGGUCCUGCUACCCUAUCCAUUCCUUUACUUGGUGGAGUUGGUAUUCUUUGCCAGCUGCUCCUAUUUAGAAGGGAUAGUCCCUGUAUUUUUUUUAACAAAAUAUCUGUCCUAUUUGCACUAUGUCCUUCCAAAAAGCUUCCAGUGCAUUUCACUCUAGUUAAAAUGUGUAUUCCUAGUUUUCUUCCCAGAUGUUCCUAUUUACAGCUUUCAGAUGUUGUAUGGUAAAUUGUCUGUCUGCGUUUUAUUGCUCGUUAUCUGAUAGGCACAGACCUCUCACUUCUUGGAAACCACUAAUCAGGGCAAGGAGUUUGAGUUCAGUCUUCCUAUGUCCCCAUGAUUUCUGAGAGGUAGAGGGGGGCAGGCGGAAAUAGGCUUCCUGCUCUCCCCAUAUCCAUGAGAAAACCUUGCAUUUGUGCUUCCUGGUAAGAUGGGUGGAGGAGAGGGUGGACCUGAAUAAUCCCUCCCUGCCACCUGAUCCCUAAGUAGCCUUUCCCAGGGACCCCUUAAAUUUUCCUGCUCUUUCUGUAAAGAUUCAGUUCCUCUAGCUCUUUGCUGCUAGAGGUUGGGGAUCAGUUGAAAUGAGUGAGGGAUUGGAAGGGGUGUCACUCACAGACUGGUGAAAAUGCUGCUGCUGUCAAAGGAUCCUCUUAGUAGCUGCUACUAGGAGAAACAGGGUUGGCAUCUCAGCUGGUGUAAAUUGGUAUUGCUCCACUCCCUUUUAAUGGAACUACAUCCGUUCGCACUAGAUGCGAAUCUGGCCCAGAGAGAGAUGUCUGAAAAGUCUGUAUUCACCAAGCAGCCCACACGACUCACCAUGGGCAUCCUACAUGUGGACUAUCCAAGGGGGGUGGAAUUAGGAGGGCCAGUGAGAGUGCUAACAGGCCUGUCUGACCUAAAGGACAAUGCAACUGAACUAUGAAUUACUAAAGCCAAGAGCAGGCCCACUGUACGCACACACAUGCAUGCGUGCACACACACAAAGCACCCUCUGUAGUAUCCACACACAAAAUCGUAAGACUGUCAAUUCCUAGUAUGUGGGUUGCCUUAGAUUGCAGUUCUGCUCUGAAAAGUGACUAAAAAUGGCACCUUCUUCUCCACCAGUGUGUGCUCCCUCCUGUUGUGUGUCCGAAUCAGAUCUGUUAACUUCAAUGUCAGAAGGUUUUACUGUUUACUCUGCCACCCAUGCAGAGCCAGAACAGCUGAGAGAAUGAAUCAUGCUCAUUCUGACUCACAUGUAAUCAAUAAGAUUUGUUAAGUUCCAACUUCAUCUUUGGUGGUGCUUGAACCAAUCCAAAUCCAUUGUCCUUCUGGGAUCCCAAGCAGGAAUCAUAGUUAGGAAAACCAUUCUAAUUGUAAAGCAGACAAGUUGAAUCUGGAUGUCACAAAGGAGCAAUAAACACAAACUCUCAUGGUGCCAUUUUUGUAAUGACUUUUCAUAGCAGAAUUUCCAUUUAAUACUGAUGCCCAAUUUAAUUUUAUUGUAUCUCCUGUUGAAGUGGAUUACUGCCUCUUGUAAUUGGUUGUACAUGUUUUGUAUGGUUAUAUUCUUCCAAUCCAGUAUAAAAAAAAGUUUACGUCACUCUCACUGU